AUGAAGUUUGGGUUCGAUGCGUCGUCUCGGGAUGUGCACCGGGUCGUUCAGAGUUCGGAUCGCGCCCCGAACGAGCGCGGAGAGCACUCGGGUUUCCGCACCGACGUACCCAUGACGAAAGCGUCGGUCGCUGUCGCGGCGCCCGCGAAGCCCACCGGCGCGGCGAAAGCGCCAAAGGCGAAAGCCGACGGCACGAAGCAGGACCCUCAAGCUGGAACGUUAUCGAGGGAAGAUAUCGCCAACUUCAAGUUGGAGGAUGACGGCGGCAGCAGCGACGCUCACAGCGACGACGGCAACGUCGAGGAGAACGGAGACCUGGACGAGACCAAACGAGUCCGGCGCAUGCUGUCCAACCGCGAGUCCGCGCGUCGUUCUCGGCGUCGCAAGCAGGCUCACCUGGGCGAGCUGCAGCUGAAGGUUAACCAGCUCCAGAGCGAGAAUCAGGACCUGCUCAACAAGCUGCACCAACUCCACGUCUCGUUCAACUCGAUGAUGGCGCGCAACAGGAUGAUCAAGGACAACAUGGCGUACCUUCGCAUGCAGAUCAUGAGCGGCGAGCCGUUGUCGCGGGAGGCGCUCGUCGCCGCGACGCAGGCCGUCGCCGCCGGGGCGCAGACGAACUUGCAGGAUCUCAACCAUCUCGUCGUCGGCGGACCCGGAGCUGCUGGGAUGAACACGAUGCUGAUGAGCUCCGGCGGUCAGAUGGGCGUUCCUUACGUCGGCGGGAUGGGCGGGAUGGUGCAGGGCGGCGCGGGGGGGAUGAAUGGGCUCGUCGCCCCGCAGGGUGUGGGCUCGAUGGCCGGAAUGGGCUCGAUGGGCUCGAUGGGCUCGAUGGGUUCGAUGAGGGCCUACAACCUCCAGAUGUCGCAGGCGAUGAACCGCGGCGUGAACGGCGUCAAUACCGGAAUGAGCGGGAUGUUCGGCGGCGCCAUGGGCGGCACCGCGCAAAACAUGGCUGCGCAAAACGGCCUCGGCAACUUCAAGCUCGAAGCCGGCGGCGGCGUGAGCGAGUUUAGCAACGCGUCGUCGCUCACCCAGCAGGGAUCCAUGGGCGCCGGCGACGGCCCGUCCAUCCGCGGCGUCAAAGGCCCGAGCUGCAUCUCCGACGCCGACCCCGACGCGUUCAUCGACGGCGGCGGCGGCCCAAUCGCCGAGCGCGAAGCCGCGCUCGCCGCCGCCGUCGCCGCGCAACUCCGGAUGGGUACCCCGAUUGGAUCUGGCGAAGUUCUCCACCAGCUCGCCGACCAGGAGGCUGCCCUCGCCGCCCAGCUGAAGACGUUCGCCGCGGGCGCCGCCGGCGACGGGGCGAUGCGGGCGGGCGCGAUGCAGGCGGGCGCGAUGCAGGGCGCCGGCGGCGUCGUCGGCGGUCGGAAGAUUUCCGGCGACGAGGAUUUCCGACUUCCCGACGGCGCGGCGGCGGCGACGGCGGCGGCGGCGCGCGCGGCUGCUCAGGGCCGAAACGGGCGCCAGGCGUCUGACGGAUCGUGCGCGGACGCGCGUCGCAAGCAGCGCGCGGGGAGCGGGGAUUCGAGCGACGCGCGCGCCGGCGGCGGGAGCGGCAGCGGGAGCGGCAACAACAGCGGCGACGGUGGAGAUUCGGAGUUGGCCGGAAAGGGUCAACAGCAGCAGUCGCGCGGCGCGCUGAGCCCCCUGGACCACGACGCGUCCCCCCUCGCAGCGCCCAUCGCCGAGAAGCCGCCGCACAUCGUGGACCAGGUUGGCGUGGACGCGGCGGACUCGACGGUGCUAGGCUUCCUAUCCUCGCCCAUCCUGGAGGGUGAGGUUGUUGACGGGUGGCGCCACGGCGGCGUCGAUUUCGACGACUGGGCCUCCACCGUGAUUGACGGCGGCGGCGGCAUGGGCACCGAAACCAAGGAGCCGGGGACGCUCGGGAAGAACGCGCGCACCGCGAGCAUGAACAGGGUGGCGAGUUUGGAGCACAUGGCGAAGAGGGCGCAAGCCGCCGGCGGUCCGGUGUCGUGAGACAACAAAAUUUGUAUCUAUCGCGGGGACGUAUUAAGUCCUUUGCGUGUAUAGUCAAUACGGUCGUGGACGAGCGAGCGACAGGUAUUAUCGUCGCUCCUUCUCGAGACCGACGUCGAAGAAAAUGAUAAAAUUUCAUUCG